UUGAUUUGUGUACGUUAGCCAUAAAGUGGGUUUGGUAUGCGCGGAUCGCCAAGCAUCGACUCUCGCCGAUCGCUUUGGAAUGCCCUUCUCCGGCAACCCUGUCCCUUGUGAUAUAUUUAUAUUAUCAAGUUGUCACGGACAUAGUGAUUCAUCCAUUUUGAUCGCAGCUGGGUGGUAUAUAACCAAAAAAGACGAUGGGGAAAGAGGAAACAUCUUUUACCGAGUCGCUGAGCGAAGACCAGUCGACAGCGAGCGCAAGUAACAAUAUCAACGGGCGGGUCGUUGCUGCGUGCGAUAGCUUGGUGAUGGCGGUUUGGGAUUUUAGUGAGGCAUUACGUACGGGAAAAAUUGAUAUUUUGGAUGUUUUACUGAUUGCUUGGCUUGUUUUAGCCACUUGUGUGUUCCUUGGAUUUACAAUUUACGAGAAUAGCAAGAAGAAAGAGGAGAAACUUGACCAAAAGGGCAGGAAAAGACAAGGAAUAAGUAAUGGUGUCCGCGGAGAUGUCUUCAAUUCAGCGGGGAGCUCCUUGACACACAGCGGGCUACCGUCGGCAGGGCGAGAUAGCACAGAUGGUGGUGACCAGUACGAAUGGCUGAAUUCGGUGGUUGCUUGGCUUUUCACUCAACAUUCUCAGCAGUCCCCAGGCCAAAUUGCUUCUUCCUGGCUUAAAGCACUCAACGAUGAAUCUAAGAAACAUGGCAGCUCUGUACAAGUGACCUUUGACAGGAUUAAGCCAGGAAGCACGCCCCCAAAGUUCCAGAAUGUCCAAGCAGUUGCAGGUCAAAAAGAUCAUUUGAUAGUGACGUGUCAGUUAGAAUCAACUGGGUUUGGUUUCAUAGUGUUUGCAACCCAGCAAACAGCUGCCAGUGUCAAACUAUCUACCUGUGAUGUCAGUGUCAACAGACUUUCUGGAAAGCUUAAAACUAAGGUUCGUUGUCAGGUGCGUGGACUUGGUGAGGAAUGGCACCUGACAGCAAACUGGGACAGAAGACCUGAUCUUCAACUCAACAUCAAACCACAAAAGAAUUCAAACACAAGGCAAAAUGAUGGAGUUGACCUUGUCAUCGUGGAGGAGAUUCUCCGCAAUGCCAUCAUGGCCGCCACCUUUAACUUCUCGCUGCCCAUGAGGGCGCUACCUAGAGAUAUCAUAACUGCCACCAAUGCCAUCCAUACGAACACAGCCAGACCAACAUAUCCUUCCAUGAGUAACAACACAAAUCGAAUGCCUCAAGCCGUACACCACACACCCAUCGUACCCUCCAGUACCAACCACGUGUCAUCUAAACCGCCUGCCAUGGCAGAAACGCGCCUCUUAGUCAAAGCCCCCUCUAACAUGUGCCUUGUAGUCAAAGUGAUCAAAGCCAAUGGUUUGUUGGUUCGGAGUGGAGGUAGCAGCAGCAGCAGCGACCCAUAUUGCAUCGCCAUGCUAGAUCAACCGCCACAGAGAUACAAGACAAACACCAUCGUUAAUACUACCAAUCCAUUCUGGGAUGAACACUUCUUGUUUCAACUAAAUAAUAACUCAAGGGAACUGCGCUUUGAAGUCUGGGACAAGGGAAGUGAAAAAGGAAGUGAUGAUUUGUUCUUUGGUGAGGCUCAGGUGCCGGUGGAUUCUCUGGAGCACAUGCGAGGUAGCAGACAUAUUUUACCAUUGAGUGGAGUAACGGGGGAUGGAGAGACCGUCAAAGGGUCUCUUACUGUAUGGUUCCUGUUCAUGGAGUCUGCAGAGCAGAAUACUGAGAUCAAACCUAGACAACCCGUCUCACCCACCAAGAGAGUAGAGACGUCAAGAAGCAUCGCCCCUGACGGUACAGUUAUCACCAUGGUAACGACGACAACAGCCAAACCCAAGCCUGGGGAGAGGAGAUCUGGAUCUAACGAAGCACCAAUGAGGGUUGUCACAACGGCAGCAUCCCUUCCGACCCCCCAGAGACCGGGGGUAUAUCCGGACGGCGAGGGCGGGAUGGACAGAUCUCAUCAUUCUACCGGAACUCAAUCUUUGGAUGUACCAAGGCAGAGAACAUCUUCAGCUACUCAAACUCCUGGUCCAAGCAUUAUAAUCAGAGGUUUGUUUGGAUGUUCAGCAAGACACUUUUCAUGUCUCUCUUUUUUUGCCAUCAUCUUGAUAAUUCUCUGUUUGCAUGGUCGAGUUUAUAACGUGGAGAAAGUUUACGGUUCACCAUGUACUCCAAAUGUGGAUCUGUCAACGCUUAGCGAUGAACCAACAGAAAGCAAUUUCAAGAGAGAUGCAUCACCGAACCGCAGCAAGCGAGGCUUCAAGCUUUUCAGGCGGCGGAGCAAGAAGGAGAAAGCGAUGAGAAGCGUUAGCCUGGAUGAAUCUGAUCUGGACAGGGCCCGCCAGCAGGCUAUACGAAGCUCAGAGGGAACGUCCACCCUACCGUUACCUGAUCAUAGAACUAAUACAUUGGAGGUGCCUAGCCCAGAGACACAUGAACCUAUUAGUGCUGAAUCCUCACCAAGGAGAAGUAAGAGGAAACUGUUUGGUUUCUUGAAGCGUCAGAAGAGUAAAGAGAGGCAGUACAGCUCACAGGGUAGCUUACAACCUAAAGCAGCCAAGGGUAAAGCCCAACCUGUCGUCCAUAGACAGAAUCUUACAGUACCAUCGGGACAACCUAGGUCAGCUAGCACAGACUGUAUCAACGAUGGAAGAACACAUACAGGGGACAUAGGAAUCUAUGGCGAGUUUGAGCUUCGUAGGCCGUCAGUGGAUGAUACAGAGAGUAAUGUAUCGGGAACUAGCUCCAGAGCGGACAAACAACAACCCAUCUCAACAGUGUGACACGCAGAAAGACAGACAGACAGACACAUCAAAAA